CACCUCCAACAUCACUGCCAUUGCUGCUGCAGGAAGAAGAAAACGAAGAAGCGGACACAGGCAACGAGGCUAGAGCAUCGAAGUCACCCGCAGCAGUAGCGGCAUCAGCAGCGACCGCAGCAGUAGCCCUAACAUCAACAACAAUCUUUGUUUUACUGGUGAGCUGUAUUGUAUAACUUUAGCGCUAGUUUUGUUGAAAAUAAUUAAAUACAGAGUUUAAUUGUUAUUUAUUAAAUAUUACAUAUAUAAUAUUUAAUUUUUUAAUUGUAAACUUCCCUUUUCUGAGGUCUUUUGAUAUUUGCUCAAAUUCAAAUAAUCAAAAUGUUUCGUUCACCACAACAUGAUACACAUACAUCUACACGAGAUAAUUUAAAUGAAACUCUUAUUGAUUUACAAAAUAGUACGUUUAAUGAACAGUUAACAAAUCCGUAUGUCGAUCGAAAUAGUAAUGAGAUUUGUGCUACAUCGGUCAAACUACCACAAUUCUGGACAAGUUGUCCGGAAGCGUGGUUUAUUCAUGCGGAAAUGCAGUUUAGUACCAAAAAUAUUACACAAGAAACAACAAAGUAUGAACAAGGAGAUAAACAUAUGGUCAAAAGGAUGUAUAAGUUGCCAGAAAUCUAAAGUUUAUCGUCACACAAAAUCUCCUGUGAGCACAAUUCCAAUUCCGAAGAACAGAUUUGAACAUAUACAUUUAGAUAUUGUUGGACC